GAGGUGACAAUAAUGGACCUGACCGGACCUCACCUAUGCUUAGGUGUCCUCAAGGACUUUGUCCUCCAUUCAAAUGUAAAUGGGCUGCCCAGAUGAGCACCAAUUUUAAUAAUACAGCGAGUUGCGUCCCGAAUGAUUCGAACUCGGAAGUCGGAUCCAUAAGCUCAAUGGCACAAACUAAUUAAUUCAUCCCCCACUAAAACCCAGCUUCCGCCGUCUUGCGUUCGCAAAUUGCAAUCCAUUCUCAGUUCCCACACCCAAAACCCUACGACAGAAUCGGAAAGAGGACAGAAACGCAAAGAAGAAGCUGAGGAUGAGACAUCCAUGGAGAUUUCUUCUCUUCCGAAACCACCCUCGAUCUCCUCUUCGAGUACCCACCAUGUCCCAGGUACUCCCUCCUUCCGUUCCUCCCCCUCAUACUCACUCGUUCCACAACAUUUAUUCACACUCGCAACUCGCAAACCCCUUCAACAUGAUGAAAGAAUUAUCCAUGUUAAAUUCCAAAAAUACUCCCAUCAAUCAUUGUAGUUUCUCAUCGGCGGCGGCUGUUGAACAGAAAGAGCCAGAUCAUGUUUUGGUAACUGUGACUGAUAUUUUUACUAGACUUGGUGAUAGGAAUGAUAUAAAGAGAGAAUUGGAGUUAAAUGAUAUUGUUUUUAGCCAUGAAAUGGUUUUGAAAGUGCUGAGGAGUGUUGAGUCUAGUCCUGAUGUGGCAAGGAGGUUUUUUGAUUGGGUUUUCGAGACUGAUGCGGAGAGAUUGAGCUCCAAGUCGUAUAAUCGGAUGCUAGGUAUUUUGGGUGUUAAUGGGUUGGUUGAGGAGUUUUGGGGUUUGGUUGAUGUUAUGAAGAAGAAGGGGUAUGGUAUUUCUGGUGGCGUGCGUGACAGAAUUGCAGUGAAGUUUGAGAAAGAAGGGUUGGAGAGCGAUUUGGAGAGACUGAGAGGGGUUUUUGCUACAGGAUCGGUGGAUAAUUCAAUGGAAAAGGCUUUUUCUAGGAUUUGUAAGAUUAUUAGGAGCGAGUUAUGGGGUGAUGAUGUUGAGAAGAGAUUGCUUGAUUUGAAUGUUACCUUUUCUAAUGAUUUGGUGAAAUUGAUAUUGGAAAAUCUUGCUUCAGAGCCAGCAAAAGUGUUGAUAUUUUUCCGGUGGACUGAAGAGUGUGGUUUGGUGAAGCAUGAUGAGCGCAGUUAUAAUGCUAUGGCGAGGGCUUUGGGGAGGGAAGAUUGCAUUGAUAGGUUUUGGAAGAUUGUUGAUGAAAUGAAAAGUUUAGGGUAUGAAAUGGAAAUGGAGACAUAUGUGAAGGUUUUGGGGCGCUUUUGUAAGAGGAAGAUGAUUAAGGAAGCUGUAGACUUGUAUGAGUUUGCAAUGGCUGGUUCCAAUAAGCCUUCUGUGAGUUGUUGUACCUUCCUGCUGAGGAAAUUAGCAGUGAGUAAACAAUUAGACAUGGGUCUGUUUUCAAGAGUUGUGAGGAUUUUUAUGGAGAGUGGGAAUGUCUUGACAGAUUCUAUGGUUGAUGCAGUUCUCAGAUCUUUGGCAAGUGUUGGUAGACUUGGAGAAUGCAACAAGGUUCUAAAAGUAAUGGAGGAGGGUGGGUUUGUAGCUGGUGUUAACUUGCAGAGUAAAAUUACUUUUAGACUUGCUAGCGCCGGUAAAAAAGACGAAACUGCUGAGUUUAUAGAUCUUGUUGAAGCUAUCAAUACCAACUUGGAUCACAAGGCAUGGGACUCUUUAAUAGAAGGGUGUUGUGCUGCUGGGGAUCUUGAAACAGCAUCAGCUUAUUUCAAAAAUAUGGUUGAAAAAGAAGGGGUCUCUCAUGCUGGUUAUGCCUUUGAAUGGUUGGUAUAUUCAUAUUGCAGUAGGAAAAGAGCAACGGAUGCAUGCAAGCUUCUACACAAGUACGUUAGUGAGAGCCAGUUAAGGCCGUGGCCCACUACCUACAAGGAAUUGAUAAGGAAGUUAUUGGCUCAGGGUGGAUUUAAAGAUGCUUUGAAUCUCUUAGGUUUGAUGAAAGAUCAUGGUUUCCCACCCUUUGUGGAUUCAUUCAUUGAGUAUGUAUCAAAGUCUGGAAGUAGUGACGAUGCAUUUGCUUUCCUCAAGUCUAUGACAUCAAAAAGGUUUCCAUCUCUAUCAGUGGUUCUCCGUGUUUUUGAAGCCUUUUUAAAAGCUGCAAGGCAAAAUGAAGCACAAGAUUUAUUGUCGAAAUGCCCAGGUUACGUUCGUAACAAUGCCGAUGUUUUGAAUCUUUUUUGUUCCAUGAAAUCAGGUCAAGUUGUUGCUGCACCUCCUGUGGUUGCUUAGGCUUCGUUGGCUGUCAUUGACAUUGUAUUUUUCUUGAUGAGCUAUGGCAUUUGUUCCCAAAUUUUGG